CAUACGCAUUCGCGCAAAAAGCUGCACAAAACAAAAGGGCAAGUGAAAGAAAGAAAGCAAAAAAACCACCGUACGCGGAACGGAUGUGGUGCUUUUGAUGUCGCGAACGCGUAUUUUACCGGGAAUUUGGUGAUUUUUCGCACAUUCAGCCGCAGUUUGGUUUCGUUUAUUUGUUUUACGGUACGAACAGCUCGGAAGUGACAUCCACGGUGGGUGAGUUGGUGGUGCGCCGGGAGAAACCAUCCGGCCUCGCCUCGAACCGUCCCUCCACUCGGGGGUAGUAGUGAGAUUCGUUGUAAAUUAUCGGUUUUCCCUCCGCGCUUUUCGUCCGCACCUGUUUUACCGCACACUCUCGGUUCGGUCCGUGUUUUGCUGUUGUUGUUGUUGCUGAUGCUUGGUGCAUUUUUGGCAAUUUUCUAGCACGGUUGCGGGAAAACAGUGCUGCCUGGUUGAUCAUCUCGUAGGGCAGGCGGGCGCCUGUGGUGGGGUUGUGUACAUGUGUUUGUGUGCAAAGGUUUAUCGGCUUAUCGGCAAAAGGGAGUGCAAAAACCGGGUGCUAGCUGUGUGUGGCCCAGCAGCUGGGAGCAAGGGGCAGCAGCGAUUGCGAAGCGGUGUGGUGGUGGUGGUAACGAAACGGCAGGAAAAAUAGGAAAAAUCUGCAUCGAUUGCAGUUUUGCGGUAGUGUGUGUUGCAAGGGCAAGCCGUGUGUUACAUAGGCUGCAAGGCAAAGGGGGGCUGAUUUGAUACGGCUGAUUCGUAGGAAGAGCAUACCACGCGGGAAAGGAUUUCGCCUACUUUGCUCCUGUAACUGUGACGAUGGAAACGACUACCGUUCCAGUCAGUGAAGAGCAGCCGGAAAAAGAGGAAAGCCGUCGAACGCAGCAGCCGGCGGACGGGGAAGCGUGUGCUGCCGUCGAGACUGUUGCAUCAACCGAUUGCACUGACAGCCGGAAGGUGGAGGGUACCGAGGAGACUGAGAAGCUGUAUGCCGAGCGCAAAGAAAAUGCAAUUCCCGAGGGCAGCAACCGAAGUGGGACAGAAGAGGCAAAGACAAAUCGGGACUCAUCAGACGGCGCAGAGCCGGAGGAACAGAUCGUGGAGCUGGACAGCUCGCCGGAAAAGUCGACCGGCCGGACCAAAGAGGAUGCACUGAAAAGCCCCCCCGACCUGGAGACGUACUCGGUGGACGAUGAGGAAGAGCACGAGGGGGAGCUGGUGGAGGAGGAAGAGAUGGACGAGGAGGAGGAGUACGACGAGAUGGACGAAGAGUACGAGGUGUACGUGGAGGAGAAGGAAUCGGCCAACGCGCCGCACCAUCGCCACCAGUCUUCCGAUGACGACGCGUCCAAGCCGGACGACGCCCUUAGCACCGACGAGUACACGGACGAGGAGGCGGUGGUGGUAAAGGCAGAACCGAAGGCAGCAGCUCCUCCACCAACCGCUUCCGCCCGGAAAUCAUCCUCGGACGCGGAAGAGGAGGAAGAUGAUGACGAAGUGGAAAUAAUUUCAUGUGACGAUGACAAUGAGGACGAAGUGGACGACGACGAGGACGAUGAUAGUGUGCCGGACGAUGAGGAGGAAGAGGAGGACGAUGAGGAGGAGGAAGAAGAGGAUGUGAUGGAGGAGGACGAGGCGGAGGAGGAGGAGCGGACGCCUCCGGCGAAAGUGGGGCGGAAGCAGCGGGCCGAUGCCAGGUCCACCGAGGACAGUGACGAGUCGUCCGGCAGUCCGAAGCUGAAGGUGAAAUAUCGCAGCUAUCAGCAGAGGCGGUCGGCGAGCUUACGGAAACGGGCCGUGCGAAUAUUAAACAAACGAAGCAUGCACGUUAUGGAAGACAGUGACGAUGCGGUAGCGGUGUCUUCGGAUUCGAAAGUGCAUACCCUAACGACCAGCUUGAAGCCGGCGGCAUACACCGCAUCAUCGCCAAAGGAGCAGCAGCAAGUUGCUGACAAGCCACAACCAGAAAUCACGGCGCAGACAGUCCCCGCUGCAAUCACCUCCACCGAGCGCGAAAACGAAACCAAAGAUACUGAAACUACCACUACUGCUGCUGCUGCUGCUACUACCGCAGGCGGUGACAAAGAAGGUGCCGAGGCACAAGCAAAGGGCAACCGAGAAACUGGCAACCACGCAGCAGAACCGGCGGUAGAGAAGUCCUCCAGCAGCACCAUCUCCAGCACGACCCCGGACAACGACGGCAAGAAGAUGCCAACAGCGACCGCGGUCGAGGUGUCGGAAAAGAUUGCCGACUCGAGCGACGAUGCCGUGUCGGUGCUGUCGUCCACUGCGCCGACGGCCAAGAAACCGGUCACCACCGCGAUCACGCCCACGGUAAACAGUUCCGCAAGCACCGAAACCGUGGAGCAAAAGAGCAGCAAGCUGACGGAAGCUACUAGCGAUGGCUCUGUGAAGGAGGCAGCGAGCGGUAAGGAAGGUGCAAGCGAAUCGGAAAGCAAAGCCACUAACGCGGAGCAGAAGCAAGAUGGCAGUGCCGCGCCAACGGGACCAAGCGGCCAGCUAGCGGAACCUACCGCCGACGAUGUGAUGGCUGGCCUCGACGACGAUAUUAUGGAGCAGAAUGGCAGUGAGGCGGACGAUGAGAAGCGGCAGCGCGAGAAGGAUUUCAACGAUGAUCUAACAUUCCAGAUGGACGUUGAUGAGGAGCCGGCGGGUGAAACCGGUGAGCGGAAAGCGGGCGGCAAAAACGAGAACGACAGUGCCAUGGACUUAACUGCGGCCGGUGAGCCGGCGAAGGAAAAGCGCACGACGAUGACGACGACGGAUGGCUCAGCCAGCAGCGAGCCGGAGGUGCGUCUCGAUGAGCGGCGAGCUUCUACCACCACAUCGCAAACGGGCGCCUCCGGAAAGGAUAGCGCCGUCGAUAUGCACGAUAAGACCGUUGUCACCUCAACGCCCGUAACGGACCCGAAAAAGGCGCAGCAGAAACGGCUGGAAAGAGGGCAAGAAGCAGCAGCACUGGAGGUAAAACAGGAGCAGGAAGAGGAAGCAGAUGAGGCACAAAAUCUGUCCAAACAGCGAGCCUCCGCCAGCACCCCGUCAGCACGUGCCGGGGAACGAGUAAAUGCGCCCCGAAACAAAGCAGUCGAACAGCAGCAGGAAGUGGGCCACCCAUCGGGCAGUCGAAAGCGUAGACGCUCCGUAGAGUCCGAGGAAGAGCGGCGAACGGGAGAGGCGGCCGAUCGUGCGGCCGAAUCGGAAGAGCCGCUCGAACCGGCCAAGAAGCUAAAGCUGGAGGUGGAUGCCAACUAUCACACGCACGAGCAGGUCGUGAACGAGUACAUCGAAACGACGGCAAACACCUCGGUGGAUGAGAUUCAGAGCCACACCGAUGCGUUGGUGAAGGAAAUCCAAACGCUGAACGACAUGAUCCGCGACACCGAGAUGAAGUGGAACAAUCUGCUGCACCUGAAGAAGGUGAAGGAGGAAAUUUUGCUUCGGCUAAACCGCCGCAAGCACGUGAUCGGCAUCAUGGACACGCGGCUGGGCGAGGUGUCGGUGUACAGCCAUCUGGACUCGUCGAACUUGAGCAGCCACCAUCAGCCGGGCGGCGGUGGACGGUCCUCGUCUGUGGGGCCACGGCCGCCGACACCGCCGCCGGAGGUGGAGAUCCGCCCGGCCUCCGUUGCCAACUCGAUGCACUACGGCUUCGGCGGUGGCAACAACGGCACCACGAACGGUGCCGAUAAAAGCAACAGCAGCGGUCACCACCACUUUGGCAACUCAUUGAUCUCGAACCGACGCAGCAGCAGCAGCAGCGUGCAGACCGGCAGCAAGCGGGCAAGCGGCAAGGACAGCACCAGCAGCUUCGUGUCGCAGUUCAACAGCAGCAACAAUGCGGUCACGAUGGUACCGCUGCCCCAGACGGCCACCAUGAUACUGAACGCGCGCGCCAACAUGAACCCGGUCGAGGUGGCGAAGGAAAAGUCCGCCGCGGUACAGAUCCAGCGCCAGAUACUGCCGAAACCGGUGCUCAGCAACCACCAGCAAAUACUGAACAAUCUGGCCAUCUCGGCCGGACUGACCGGAUCGUCGAACAGUGCGAACAGUGGCGGCUCUGCGACGGCACUACUGAACGGCCAUCACAAUCCCAGUGGGUCGAACUCGGCCAACCAUCUCCAGCAGCAGCAGCAGCUGCAAAUCGGCCGCCAGGGUAUGCGCAAGGAUGUGAGCAGUAUUAUAGCGGACUAUCGGCAGAAGCAUCCGGAGAAUGUGCCGCGCCGCGGACGGCGGUUGAAGAACGUGGGCGGCGGUAGUGGCAGCGGCAACAAUGGGACGUCCGCCGGCAAUAGCCUCGGUUCGUUCGGGGAGGGUGGUGCCAUCAGCUUGACCGCACUGUCGGGUGCCAAAUCGCCGGCCAAUGCACGCCCCAACUCGACGGACAGUGUGGCGAACCGCAUUUCCGAGCUGCUAGCGGCCGCUGAGACGUCCCGUCCGUCCAGCAAUGAUUCGAGCCAGAGCAGCUCGAACCACCAGCUGCUCUCGUCGCUGAUGUCCGCCACCGGGGCGGCCAACAGCAGCCAGCAGUUCUUUAAGGAUGUGCUUGCCCAGUUUGCCAAGAUGAGCCAGAACGAGCAGAAUCUGCUGUCGAACCUGCAGCUACUGAACAGUCAUGCCACCUCGAGUGCCACUAACACCACCGUCUCGUCUCCGCAGCAGUCCCCGCAGCAGCAGCACCAGCAGCAGCACCACCAGCCCGGUAGUUUGCACCAGCAACAGUCGUCUCUGCUGUCGAAGGGCUCCCUGCCCGAGGUGACGCUUCAUCCCGUGAUGAACUCGACCGCCCACUCGGACCUGCUCGGGGCGAACACAUCCCAUGGCAAUGGUUCGCUCACCGGGGCAAACUUAAGCGCCGUCAACAGCAGCACCAACUCGCUGCUGCACGGCAUCCUUACCAAAUCGGCCUCCCGCCCGGGUACGGCUGCGGCCGCAGCAGCAGCCGCCGCCGCCGCUGCCGUCGGUAACUUUAACAGCUUCUCGCCAACGCUCGCCCGGUUGCUUACCGUGCCGGAGCGCAUGAACGCGCAGUCGUCCUCGUCGACCGUGACGUCCGGUGCGCUGGCAAACCUGCAGACCAACAAUCUGGCCGGCGGCCUGAACCUGUCGAAGAACACGAACGAAAUCUCAAUCACGCCCGUCGUCGGGUCGAGCUUCCAGCAGACGCUGCUUGCCCAGCAGCAGCAGCAACACCAGCAGCUGCAGCAGAGGCUUCGCGAACAGCAGCUGUACAAUUUAGACGAUGAAGCGGAUGACAGUGCCGAUCGGUUGGUGAUCGACGAAGGGGACGAUAUGGGCCAGCGGGACUCGAAUGCCCUGCACGGUGGCAAGCGCCGCGGUGCCGAGAUCAACGAGAACGAAGUGCCACAGUGUCAGGGUUGCAAGAAGCAGGAAGCUAAGUUCGUGUGUGCGGGCUGUGGCAAUCAGUGGUACUGUAGCCGGGCGUGUCAGGUUAACGCAUGGGAUGACCAUUCGGAAGUUUGCAGCGGUUAAGUUCGUUUGGCGCAAUACAUACAGUGCACCACCCUCCGUGUGAGUAGCGCGCAGCCACGGGAAGCAGCCACGUUCAACUAUUUUUCUUAUUAGAAUUUUAACAAAAAAGGUAGAAAGCGCGCGAGUUGAUGUUCAACUUAAAUGACACGCAACCAGUUCCCCACAUUUUAUUUAGAUGAGUGUAAUUAAUCGAUAGUACGGUGUAAUUGGCACAAGGCUAUACAAGAGUUACUUUUACAUUUUGGUUUACGCACGAUGGUCGCACGGUGGGUAGACGAAGAAGUAUAUCAUAAAUUAACUACCGCAUGCGCAUUAUGUGGGGGCGUAAAAUAGGCGCUAGGAUUACGCGACUGCGCGUGCAUGUAUUUAAAGAAGAAAAAACACAACAUAUAAUAAGCAGUUCUGAUAUUCAUUACUAUACGACACACAACAGACAAAUAUCCUUCCCCCCCCCCCACCUCUUAUGUUCUAUGUGUCUGUCCAGCACGCGGUACACAGCAACGCCCUCUUGGCACCUCUGUCUGUACAUAGAAUGUUCUGAUACAUCUUUCAACCUACUAACCCGUGCCGUGCAGGAACCCUUCCCGGUAAAGGAAAAACUAUCGUUGCACUCGUUUACACUACCAAGUGGGAAGGAGGAGGAUUGUUCAUUUAUUAUGUUUGUGAUAUUUUCAAACGUGCAAGAACGAGCAUUUUACUACCGCAAACCCUCCCCGCCUACCCCCUAAUCACUAUAGACAAUUGCCAGCUGAUUGUUUUACUUUUAUGGUUUGCGACGCUUCAGCAGUACGACUUGUGGUUAUUAUAAUUGAUUGCAUGAAUUUUACCUACGUUUCCGAACCAUUUAUGGAACAUAUUUUAUAUAAGUGAUUAGAUUCUUUAUUAAUUGAAAUUGAUGAAAAAAAAGUUAGCUGACAGGUGGAAGAUUCGCUUCGAGGACGGUUUAGCAUUUAGGACUUGUCGUAGCGGUUCAGCUCUAUACUAAGAAAGAUGCAACCUCUUGCAAGAGGAGGGUAUCUUCAUCUACAAGAAAUGCUGCUAAUUUAUUUGAGACAUUUAAGCAACAAAACUAUUGGCCAACGAUUACUACCGGUAGCAACUGUAUGUUCUUUCCCCUGCGGAAGAAGCAUGCUUGUGUGAGUGUGUGUGUGUGUGAACCCUUUAUCAAGUUAAUAUUAGGCUGCGAUGUACACGCUAUUUCAGUAUAUUGGUAUAGUAAUGAUUCGAGAUGGUAAAAAGAAAACGCGUGUCACGGCAGCAAAGAUUUUGUAAGCUGUGGAUCUGUGUGUCUGUCUGUAGCAUGUAAAAAGAAAGUAAAAAUCAGGACGGUUUAAAAUCGUCUAUCGGUGGCAAACUAAAAUGGAAACGAGAAAGCCAAAUAAAGCACUACACAAACUACAUUAAAAUAGA